AGUGGACAUUCGUCUGAUACUACAAUGAUUUCCGGACUUUAUCCCAACCACCUCGAAAUAGUUCCGCAAGCUCACAUUGUCGAAACGCCGGUAGUAGCUGCGCCUGUAAUCGAAGCACCUAUAGCCCCUGUUAAAGCAGCACAAGCUCAUCGACAAAAGACACUGAAGAAGACUGUUCGUGUACGUAAGGCUUUCGAGAAGAAGAUAUGA